AUGGCAACGGCGUCCAAGAUCAGUCUCUCUACCGACGUGCCGGCCAUCGUGCAUGUCGAGACCCUAGACCGAGACGCCACCGACACGACCAGCUCGCUCUUGAAUCACAACCACACAUUACACGACAUUGUCUUCGACGCAGUCGGCCGCCACAACCAUAUCGUCCACCACAUUCUCGCCUCGUUCGCUCUGGGGGCAGACGCGGAAACACUGCAGAAGCAAUACGACCAGAAUGCAUCGUACCAGCGACCUCCCCCGCCGGCGGAUGACGACGUCGUCAACGCUCUGGGCGGCAACUCGAAGGUGUUUUUCGAUACCAUGGCCAAGCCGGAGAACUACUCGACUUUCCUGGCCUUCUUCACGCGCAAGCUCUCUUCAGCAUCCAUCCCCGACGUGCUGAACGAGUACGUCUUCGACGAGACGCAGCUGGCCACGACCAUCUUCAACCGCUUCUUCGCGGGAUACUACCACCCACUGAUCCACCUCGGGUACGGCGUGGAGUUCAACCAGCCGGCCAUCGUGGCCGAGGCGCUGGCCCAGGCGUGCGUGCAUUCGACGUACCUGGACGCCUUUUUCGAACUCACCGCUGCAGCCGCCAAGACCGCGACGCCCGACACGAUGGUGAACCUGCUGGACAAGAUCCGCGAGGACCCCAUUGUCUCCACGGCCGCGCACUGGGAGGACGGGCAGAAAGUGCGUGACGGCGUGCUGGCCCGUGCCAAGUACGAGAUGAUCGCCUACGCGGCACAGUGGCGGCUUUCCGCACCUUACACGCAGGAGAGCCUGGAAGAAGCCGCCGCGGAAGUCAUCAAUGCGGACGCGUACUUCACAGGCGCGGCGCAACAUCCACCGAAAGUGGUCAAGAUGGACUUCUUCUACAUGCACGCGGUCAACUCCAGCAUCUUCCUGAGCGUCUUCCUCGCGCAGGAGUGGAUCGCCCCACCCGCGAAGGCCAAGCUGGUCGAGUGGAAGGGCCGGCUGGACCUGGCGCUGUACGCGUCGCGGCGGGCGCCACGGCUCCUGCUCGACGAAAUCGCAAAUUACCCUGCAAAUGACAACGGCCGGGAGGCUUCGCUGCUGCUGUGCUGGGACGACAUGUUCGCGGCGGCGAGCCGGUUCAUGGACGACGGGCACACGGCAAAGUUCAUCCGCGCGCUGGCAAACGGGGAGAGGGCGUGCGCCCCGUAUGAGAAUAACGGUAGCAAACACGCUGGUUCGUCUGUGGAGGACGGUGGACAUGGACAUGUUAAUGGGCAUGCCAACGGGGACAAACUUAAUGGAGAAAACAAGCACGACGACCGGUGGAAGAUCAAAGGAGACAUGUGGCGGCGGCUGGCCAUGAUGGUGUUGGACAGCGUGCAGCCCGAGAAGGGGGAGAGGUGGGCGAGGAGCGUGGGCUUUGACGAAGCAUGGAAUGACUUCGGAUUCAGGAAGAACUAUUCCAGCAAAAACGGAGCCUAG